AUGGUUGAGAAGAAAUUAAGCCUGUCAAAAACCAUUUUGAAAAUUUUGUCUUUAGAUGAAGGGCUGGAGAAAGUCAAAUGUGAAGUAGAGAAAAACGACGUGGAGGCUGUUUUCGUGAUCGAUAGCGAGGCUCGGAUCAUAGGUACAUCAGCUUCGCAUGCGGUCAAGGCUGCCAGUCUUGUAAGUAAGUUGACAGUGGAGGAGAAAGUUCUGGUGGAUGGCAACGAUCGCCAGCUAUUGAAAACCACAGAAUGGCACCAAUUUUGUGAGCAACUCAACGCCAGCUCAGCCGUCCUAGUUCAUGGGGACAACUGGAAUGAUACCUACGUAUCUGGGUUUCAGGAAGAUGUCUGUGAAGCAAUUAAGACGCUAACUGCGUACCUACCUCACAAAACUCGAUUACCGAAAAUGGGAAUAGGUUAAACAGUUUGUACUGAUACAAAGCUAUCGUCCGUUGCACACAUUUAGUUGCACGUAUCCUGUAGCAUGGAUGAAAAUUUAGUAGCUGAAUGAAGGUGACCAAAAUAUCAAAUCAAACUGUUCACCAUCAGUCAGCGACUAAAUUUGAUUCCAUGCUGCAUUUCUCAUAUUGCGCAAAAAAGAAAUAAAAUUACUAAUAUUUUUAAUCAUGUCAAUACAGACUGACUAAUAAUUUCUCUUUUAAAUACCGUCAUAGAAAAAAACUUACAGCUUGGAAAAAAGAAGGUGUAGACAAACGAGUGGCUGGGUAACCUGUGCGAAGCCGUCAAGACGAAACACUGACCCAGGUGUUUCUCAUACAUUUAGUCGGCGUUUUUAAACCAAAACUACCUAAAAUACAUUAGCGAUGUUGUAUCGAAAAUUCUUGAGGAAAAAAAGCAAUUAUCAAAUGUUUUAUCUGAAUUUGUGAUCUUCCUGAAAUUGGGUUUCCUGUGGUGAAAGUUGAAAAUCUUUAUUGCCAAUUUUUCUCAUGUUUCACCGAACCGAUUUUGGCGGAUUUUUAGUAUGUUGUUACAUAGCCAUCCAACAAUUAAAUUGCGUUGAAAAAAAAUUAUGUUGCAAUUAGUUUGAUGCUAAACCACAAUUUGACUGGACUAUAAAAGGUGGCAUGAGAGCAAGAUUUCAGUACUUACAGCGUAGGUUAUAAAACUAGUGAAGCCACAUCACAAGCCGCCUGUUGUGCUUUACUUCAGCGGUUUUCCUGGCUGACUUGCUUGAUUCUCCCUUCAGAUGUUUUCUGUGAAUAACAAAUUCACUUUUCCGUAGCUAACGCUAAUAAUAGCGCAAGUUUUAAAAGAAAAUGGUUCGGAAUCACCGGCUUUGCUCAUUCACAACAACAAAAUGAAGCUGCCAACGAUUCCGUCCGGGUUAGCGGGCAAGAUCGUAAAAAACUGCCCGCUCUCGGAACCAAUCAGAUUGCAGGAUUUGGAGGAUUCCGCCCGCUCGCAAGCUUAGAAAAAAAAAAAUAUAUCAAAAAGUGUAUCCCCUAUGUAUCCCUUUGUAUAGAUUUUUAGAAGUCAAAGGUGCAGUAAUAAUUGUAUUUGAAAUAUCUCCUCGUAAUGUGACUAUUAACUGUAUAAUAAAUAAUUGACAAUUAUUGAAUUAGGCUGAAUAGGAUCUGAUCGAAGAAUAGUCGAAAUCGCCUUUGUGGAGCAACAUUCCAUAUAACUUGAAAAAAAAAACGGUGGAAGUGUCUACGCUCUACCAAAAACAAAGCAAUCUCGUCCCAGGGCUUCUCGGUCCAUUUGUCUGGCAAUUAUGCUGUUGAAUAAACGUUUUCCUAUUUGGACAAUACUAGAUGAUUAUGAAGAAUAGCUAAGAAUUAGCCACAAGAUUUCAGCCAAUCAGAAACGGAAAAAUAUUUUGAAUGAACAAUAAUAACUAUUAAUUCACUCAUAACGAGAGCCGGACCGUGCAAGCCCUUCUUGGAAUAUAGCGAAAGUGAAGAGGAAUGGUUUACCCUUUUCUUGUCUGGGUCCUGCCAUUUUGCACGUUAUGCCCCUUACUGAGAAAAACACUAUUUUAUGACACAACCAAAUGCCUCUUUUAUAGUCAAAAACUAACGUCGAACUGUGACAAAGCCCAACCCACAUGAAACAGAAUCAAGCGUCCAAAGAAGCACGCGAGGUUAAGUCUGCACAAUUGUUGAAUAGAAGAAAGAAGUCAUUGAAUUCCUCUUUCUUCAGUUGCAGGCUAUUAACAUUCUGGUCAGUUCACAAGGUGCAUGCUCCCAGGCGAUCGUCAAUGCGGGUGGGCAGGCAAUGGAGCAAAACCUGGUAACUCCAAACACUGGUGACAUCACCGUUACUCGUGGAUAUAACCUGGCCUGUAAUCACGUGAUCCAUACAAACUGUUCCAGGUGGCAUGGUGGAAAGGGGGAGCUGGUAAGUGAUGUAAUUGGCACUCUAACUUAUUACACUUAGUUGAUGACUUUAGCCCCCACAGGCUCGUAACCGUGAUAGAGAGCCGAAAGAAUCUUCUUUUUAAGUUACCUGAUACAGCUUUUCCUAUUAAAAAACAAAAACAAAAACGUUAUUGUAGCAACUAAAAAAGAAAAUCUGUAGCUUACUUCGUCCAUAAUUGCGGCUUUUCCCAGUGCUGCAAGGAAAGAUCAACCCCUGGCUUAAAAUGAUUUUUUUGGCGCGAAACGUCCUUCAACUUUGCCGGAGAAGCGAUAAAGGAGUGGAAGAGUGACUUAAUUAUCAUUGUUACCAACUGCCAUAAUCGGGGUAAAAAAGUUACACACAUUUUUACAAUGAAAGCAUUUUGAAAUAUUCUUUUGUGUAACGAGCUAACAAAUAUUUAAGACGAUGCCUUCCUUGAACUGUUUGCAAGUUGUCGAAUUGCGAAGAUAGCGAGGUUGUAGCCUGUUGUAAAUUAGCCUAUUAUAAAUUAGCACAUUUUGAGACAAGUUUAGUGAUGGUCAGUUGGUAUGGUCACGAGACAUGACGUCAUAAGUAGCAGGUGGUCAAGCAAAUUUUGGGUGAAAAUACAUGUUUUUUAAACACUUCUUUCAACAAUAAAAGUAAAUCUUGUGGCUAAAAUCAUAAAGAACGCUUAUUUAUGUGUUAUUUUUCAUGUAAAGCACAAAAAAUACCUUUUCUCGCAGUUUUAACCUGAUUUCUAGUUAAUAAAGGAUUAAAUUAACUGCAAACGGACGAAGAUCCUGCUAGUUGUAAAUGUUGAAUCUCUAGAAAAGAGAUCUAAUCACCCAAAAUGUAAAGAACCAAGAACGAGAAGUCCAAAGACUACUGCAAAGCUGAUUUAAAACAACGUGUAUUGUUUUUUAUAACAAUAUUUCGGCUGGCCAUACCAGCCUUCUUCAGGUUUACAGAUGUUACUGAACUUAUGUAGCAAUCACAAUAUUAUACAGAUGGAGAAUGUCGCAAUAAAAAUUGUUUAAAAGGGAGAGGCGGAAAUGACGUACAACACAAAAACUGGAAAGGAAAAAUACUAAGGAGAUGGAUUACAAUAAUUCGUCACGGCGGUUUAGGCCAUGAGGUUCAAGGGUCGUGGUCUUAUCUAUCAGCCAGGGAGUUGCAUUUGAUCUUGAGAGAUCUGAGAUCGUAGCCCAGUUAUGGUUAGAAAACUCCAUACAAACACUUCUAAAAUUUUUUUGGGGUCGACCCCAAAAAAAUUUAGAAGGGUUUGUAAGGAGUUUUCUGAGUAUAACCGGCUAACAUCUCAGAGACAAUUUGCCCCGAAAUGCUCAUUUUUAGUAAGUAGGCCUCUUGGACAUUGGUCUUUCAGAACAUUCUGACAAAUCCCAUAAUUUCAGAAAUUUCAUUUUUAUGACGUCAUCACUUUAGUACUCUAUUGAACCCUCUCUAUUUCUUUGCGACUUAGACUUAGGUCAAAGAAUUAGGUGUCCCGGCCACAACCAGACUUGUCGAUCUUGACGAGAGGAGUUCUGCAGUUGUUUUUCAUUAGAAUUAAUGGUGCGGAUCACUAUACGUUUCAGGGAAACUGCCCACCUACCCCUCCACAAAGCCGACAUUUUGCCCUAAGUGAGAAGUAAGUAUUAACGCUGGCUUAGGGAAGGGGUGUGGUGGGCACUUUUAUCAUUGUGUAAUUUGCCUUAGCUUAAAUCAAGAAAAGAAUGAUCUAGGGACGAAGACGUACUUGAAGUAAAAGAAUAUCAAUACUUUUCACAAGAAUGAAAAGCGCCAAGUAGAGUAUAUUCAAGUCUUGUGGCGAUUUUUAUACAUCAGCGUGAUCAAGUUACGGCACUUCGGAUCAAAUUAAAUUGGCGAUGGAAUGACCACUGACGUUACAGAUUGGUUUGCACAGUCAGACAUAUGGUUGUCGUUACACUAAGCUGAUAAGUAAGACUUAAGAGCUGCUAAGUUGUACUUAACCAAAGAUACGUGUGUGAAGGCCUAAGUAAAAUCUCAAGUUAUUUUACUUUGCAUCUCAUUAAAGUCGGAAAGUUGAAACGAUUCAAGAAAGUUUCAAGUGACAUGCAAACUAUCCUUAACAGCGGAGCUCUGUACGCGGCGCGAAGCGCCUCGCGUGGGCGGAGCCCCAUAGCUAAGAAAAUGUGGUAAUCGACCCAUCCGAGAACAUUUGGUAAUCACGUGACCGUACACCGACCGACCGACCGACCGACCGACCGACCGACCGACGACCGCCCGCCCGACCGUCCGUCCGCAUCACGGGCAUACUAAUGUAAAAUAACUCAAUCAACAGGUAUGGCAACCCAAAUGAAACUCGAGAUUUUAUUUGGAAGGAAAUCACAUGGCCACCCGGACUUUUAGAAAGAAAAAACAACAACAAAGUCUUGCCUUUUCGGCGUUAUUUUUUAUGUUUACACUAACGUGGAUAACAGAGAAAGAGCUAGAGAGAGUUAUUGAAAACAAAGGAGACGAAUUUCGCAGGAAUAAAAACAUGGAAAUUCAAAGCGGCGGUGAGAAAAUGAGAAAUGCUAGCGGCCAGCAAGCUAAGGUGAAAGUGAGGGGCAGUGAAAAAUAAAAGCGAAUAUGAACACAGGAAACAAAAUAUUGUGUAAGCACAUACGACAAUUCCUCCAUAAAAAUAACGUGUAACUAGGAAGUUUGACGUUUUAGUCGUACAAAACAGCUUUGUAGUCGUGCAAAACAACGGCAAGGGAAAGACAAAUAAUAAAUUUGUUUUUUGCUCAUGACAGGACCAGAGCUUCGCUUUUAGCCCUGGCUAAAUCUAUAUAUUACCGACUUAGCGAACAUGCGCUUUCUAGAGCUUUGAGAAAUGCUAAUCACGUCAAUCAAUCUUAAUUAUGUUGUGAGGGAAAAUAGCCUUAAUAAGUUAACCUGAAGUAAAAACGAAACGGUUGUGUGUGAAGCUUCCUUUUUCUUGAAGAAUUUAAAAUUUGCCUGUUUUGGAAUAUUUCUUAGCUUAUUCAGGCUCUAGUGUAAAGACCACAUAGCCAUAAAGUCUCCUUUGCUCAGUAAGUGUCUUAAUUUUCCACUGACCUAUCCCCUGAGCUAUUCUUGUCAAUACAGCCCUGACCAAUAUAUAAAGCGAGGUUAACAGUCAGUUAUCACAUUUUCUGCUGAGUCACCCGCCCGAUAAAUAUUUACCUAAAACUGACUUCCAAUCAUGAGGCUUAAAUUUUUUGUUUCUUGAGGGUCUCAAUUGGGUGCCUGUGGCUUUUACGGUUAUCGGCUAAAAUUUUGGCUCUUUUACGGCUAUCGGUUUUUUUUUUUCAGUUACGGUUAACAAAAAAGUUUAAAAUUAAUUUCUUUUGUUUCAAAGAGGUAAAUAUUACUAAACCUGUAUUUUUUGUAUCUUCAAAGCAAAUAACGGUCUCGGGAUACAAUGAAGUCAUUCUUUUGAAAAGUUUUCACGUUUGAUAGUUCAUACUAUUUAUAAACUAUUCCAUUUCUAGUAUUAUUUUACUCAUGCAUCAUAGAAAUGUCAAUAGUCAAUUUAAAAAUAAUCUUUGUGAAAAAGCAAAGGAAGACACGCGGACGCCCAACUCAAGGUAGAGGGGGGACAUUCAUUUAUAAUAGAAAUGGCCGUUUUCGGACUAGAGACGGAUUAUCCGUGUGAGAUGGGUUAUCCGUUUGAUAAUUCGCAUCAGAUAGGUAAUACUUCUUAAUUUGAAAUGGAAAGGGUUUUAAUUUUGGAUGAACAAUCCGCCUGACUUUAUCCGUCAAUUUUGACGGACAGUUUGAAGAUGGAUCAUCCGUUUCAGAUAGCCUGUGUACAGCCGCCCCCUCCCCUCAGAAAAAAUCGGAAAAGGGGUAUCUGUGGUAGAGGGGGCGACUGUGCACAGGCUAGUCUCAGACGGAUAAUCCAUUUCUAGCUCUAGCUUGAAAAAGGCCAAUGACAAAAUUUCCGUGUCCAGUGUUUUUAAUGAUAGCGAAGGACGGUACAAAAACUGGACUGUCUGGCGUUACCUUGUCCAUAGGCGUCAUUAAUGCGCUUCGGGUUAAGUGGUCUGAGCGAGGUUUUUUCUCAGAUACGCCGCGCUACCGAAAUGCCUUCACCCGAGAUUGCGUGGGAAGACGCUGAACAGCGACUAGGCAUAGCAAUGUCUACCUUAGCGUGAGAGAAAAACAGGGAAUUGUUGUUUAGCACCUUCCUUAAAAUCAACAAAUCUAGGGAACAAUUUCUUUUACAGUUAACUCCCUUUUUUUACCCUAUUUACGGCUAACGGUUAAAAUUUUUCAAUUUUUAAGGCUAAAUGUUUGGCCGUUUUACGCCUAUCGGUUAACCCCAUUAAGACCCUCUUUCUUUAUCGCGACCGUCGGGUUUCCAAAGUAGAUUUACAUAAUUUAUUACUGGAUUUUACGGCAACCCGAUGUCGCUUUUCUCAGUGUCGUCUAUUGUGCAAAUUCAAAAUAGUCCAGUUAAUUAUGACUUUUAGGGCCUGUUUACAUGGAGGUGGGGGACCCCAGGUAGGUAAGGUAAAAUAUGGCGGGUCACCGUACCUAUCAUGGAAAUAUGAUCAAAUCAAAAUGAGAGAUUAUAUGGACAAACGAGUGACCUAGAUCUAGACUCCAUUACCCCACCUAAGCGGGUUACCGCACCUUCCUGGGGUCCCCCACCUCCAUGUAAACAGGCGGCAUUGAUUAUAGAUGUAUCACUUGUUCCUUUAUUCUGCCUCCUCGCCUUCUCAUUGGAUAAGUGCUGUAAGAAAAGGGAAUUAAUUAAAAGUGGUCACACGUUUGGUUUUAGUGCUGUUAGCACUCUGUUCAAUUCUCUGCGCUUUUGAUUUGUUUCAGAGCAAGGUGAUCCAUGCCAGCCUUUGCAGAAUAUCAGUAAAAGGGUAAAUUGUGUCAGUGGUACGUGUAGGAUGUCGUCUUCCAGCCUUAAAUACGGUUUGUUUGUAGCGUUCUUACUAGUUACGUAUUUAGUCAUGUUUCACUGCCAACUUCCGUAUCCUUCAAAACUCAACGCUUGUCAUUAAAAGCUGUUAUAUGAUGACUUCUAUGAUGGCAGUCAGUCGUGGGUUAUUCUAGUGACAAGAACUAGGGUUAAUUCCUCUACUUUACAGGACUGUUUUAAUUUACUAGCUGUUCCACAAAAAAGGAGAAAUGGAUAGUGAUGAAUUUGGUGAGUAAAGUCAAAUUCGAGUGGCUAGGCCUCUAAAUAUUACUAAAUAUAUUUAUUAAUUGCAAAGUUUGUAAUAAAUCAGGUUUCCUUGCAAGUUGGUAAAGAAGACAUCAGCUUAAUUCAUAACCCCGUCAAGUUAUGGAGUAUCAAAAAAUCUGCGUAUUACAACCCGGUUCGUUUGUCGCGCUCACCCAACUCUAUUUUAAGUUCACGUUUGGUUUUGUAAUAUUUCGUUUCUACGCCCCGAUAAUUUCUACGUCCACUUCAAUCAUGUGUAGCUUUUCAGCAUUAAUAAUAUUGACCAUACAGACCUAGACAGCUUCUGAGUUGAGCAGGUAUAGUUACACUGAAAGAUAACUGACCAACACAAGGAAACAUAAUAAAAUUGAAUUUAAACACGCGUUGACAUUAUAUAUCAAUUUGAAAAGGGUAAAAAAGGCGAAUAAUGUGACCAAAACUUCUUUACAAUAUACACAAAAUGAUGCCAAUAUAAUUAAACUAUAAAAGAUGAGGAAGUAAGACUUUCAGUAUUGUUUUGGCGGUGGCAGGGAGGCACGUAGAGUCUGCAGGUGCAAACAUUCAAUCCAUAGUUCGUAUUAACUUUAGUUUAAUACCUUGAAAGUCGUUAUAGCUCUAAGAAUACUUAAAUUCAUGAGUCUUAUUAUACACUAAAACCAUUUCGUCACCACGCACUUUUGCUUGAACAAAUUCUCAGUCGAGCGUGAAUACAUUCAUAUUGAACAUUUAUAGUUGACUACGCACCAGGACUGUUUCUAGGCAGUUAAUAAUAAUUUGAUGAGGCGCAUUAAGUGUUACAUACGCGAUCUACUGAAUGAAUGCGUUUGUCACUGAUUUUGAUUUUGGUUUGAAAAGAAAAUGUGAAAAGCGUAGAAGUUUAUACUUAGUUACUUUCUUCCUUUAACUGAGGUAGAGGGAGGGGCAUGGUAUAGUCGCAUUGACAAAGCGGCCAGAUUGAGCACUGAAAUUGGCAGUUCAGCGUUUAAUGUCUCUGCCACGCUUGUACUUAACUGGAUUGCUCCUGUUGUGAUGGCAUUCUUCAGUUAUUGUUGAAUUUAUAUUAGUACUUGUUUCUGCUGUUUGCUUCAGGCCACAGUGGUUUUCGUGUGCCCUCAAAUAGUAUACAGUAGGGGUAAAUUAAAUUUAAUUAUUUUAACGCACUCCUUAAUGACAAGGGCUUAUUACAAGAGAUGGAGUCUAUUUUACUCUUUAAUUAGAGCACUAAAUAACUUUCAAACGUUUAACAAAAAUAAGCCAUUUAUGCAAAAACAAUUAGUGGUAUUAGCAUGUCGGGGGGGGUGGGAGGGGAUUUCGGUCGCAAAAUUAAUAUGUGUUUUGAGGAUAUUCUUUUUAAACGAUUAGUUUAAGUGCGUUGUUCCCAAAAUACGGGCCCCAUUUAAGUAUUUACAAUAACUCCAGUCAAUUUAAGGAUUUUGGGAAAUGCAGAAGACUUCAGUAUAUUAUGUGCAAUGUUUUUCACCUUACAGAAGGCAAAAGCUUUUACGAAGAAAAAGACGAAAAGGAGAGUGGGGUCCACGAAGAAGAGGAUUUUGAUAACAGACUCUUUGUGGAGGUAGAGGAUAACGUAUGCGCAAAAGUAAGAUCGAGACGCAACAACGGCGAAGAGGACAACUUUACAAUGGAUACAGCUUCUUCCAGUAAAACCAAAGAAGAGGAGAAUCUUGAAAACAGGGAGAGAAAGCUAAAAAAGCUAGAAGAACUUUUCUCCAGUGUACCAACAGUUCUUAUCAAAAGAGUCCUUUGUCGCGAUGAUGUUAAAGGAGACUUCAACAAAGCAAGACAGACGUUACAAGAAUUUCAGGGCAUGGGAAAUUCACAGGACUUUAUCAAACUUCCCGCAAACAAUCGACCUAUUGCUCGGCGUGCUCCAGACAAUUUUGCCAGGUCAGAAAACAAGAAAGGGAAGAUCGAAAUAACCGAGUCGCAGAAUUACCAGGAAAGUAAAAGGAAAAUCGGAGUAACAAGAAAAUUGAAAAUUGAAAAUCAAAAUGAAACACAGGACAGAAAUGGAGGAGAGGAGAAUAAUGUUUAUCUCUUGAGAAAAAAUAGUUUUGAUAUAAACGAGCCCAAACUGUGUGGAAACCAGGUCUUCCCAGAUCGUGAUGCAAUACAAGUAGGACUAGCCUGUAAAUGUGAAGCACGGACACUGGGCGGCGGGUUUGACCAGGGUCAAGGAGAUAACCAAAAAUACAGCGAGAAUGUGGCGCACGAGCUCGGUUUCGGCGUUCCUUUAAAUUACCACAUGUUUCAGAGUCAGCGGGGACGUGGUAACUGGAGUGGACAAUGUAGUCCAGCCAAACCGAAGGGAAAUGCUCAAAGAGGAGUAGAACAUGAAGACAACUUUUAUCAAAGGAAUUCAUUUUUUCAAGACGAUGGCCAAUCGCCAUUCACUCAACCAGGACAAGGAAGAGAUCAAUCAAGACGAGGACGAGGAAGGGGUGGCCCAGGUCAUAACGGGACACAUGAAUAUUCAGUGUAUCCCGCAGAUAAGAUAAAUGUAAUAUGUAGGUCCUUUGACGAUCUUGAUUUAGGUGAUAAGGAAGAAGUUGGUCCAAACAGAUGUGGCCAAGGGAAUCUAUAUCCAGGAGGGUCUGGCAGUAACCUUAAAAGGGGACACAACAAGGGAGGAAUGGGAUCAGCCCAAAGCCCGUCAAAGGGAAUGGAUUAAGGUACUUAUACGAUAGUAAAUAAAGGAGAAGACUGUAAGUUUGAGCCAAAGAGAUUAGUUGUGGGCUGUGUGAGUCGACCGUACUGAAAGAGUGGAGGUGGGAAGAGUGAAGAGUGAAGAUGCGUAAAAGCAAAACUUUAGUCACAAUUGAGUGGUUUGUAAUUACUUGCCGAAAUAGCUUCGUGUUUCGCCUUACAUUGGUCCCCUAUAAUAAGUGUUCUCCGAAAACCGUGGGGGAUAGUUUUGGGAGAGCUAAAUUUCUUACUAAGUUAAAAAUCAUCUUUUGCGGCUACUCAAUCAUUCAAUGUGCUUUUGACGGUAACCGAGGGUCAUUUUUACCAGACUAAAUUAUUGAUAGAUGAGAUCAUUUUCAUGGUCACGACUAUUAUCAUUACGGUUGAACAAUAUAUUGAACUGUGGCCGUUUUACAAGUCCAUACUCCUUUUCAUUUGUUUUCUUUGGUUACUCUACAUAAAAGUAACCAUAGUCCGUAAUUUCAUUGAAAACUGACUACUGCCAGUCCUCCCCUAACUAAAAUUUUCGUUAGGAGAAUUACGUUAAAUGAUCUCGUCUCAUUCUGACCGUUUUUACAAGAAGACUAUAAUUUAUAGCCAAUGUCUGGACCUAGAAAAGGAAAAAGAUUUGACCUCUACAUAGUGGGCAUUUUGACCCAAAGGAUUUCUCGAUAAAACAGAGUGUGGCUGGUCACGUGAUGCAGUUAUAAACAAUUUGAAAGAUUUCUAGGUUACAAUUAGCCUUAGUGUUUCAGUGUUUAACCGAUCUGAAUUCAAACGUUCCAUAAAUAUACCUUUAGCCCUUGUCAUUAAAAGAGAGCACUUGAAUUCUAAAUUUCUUUAGACCACCAAAGCAAAAAUUCUUACAUUUUCUCGUCGCUCUGUAGAAGAAAGAGGGUUAGUUGAAUUAAGUCUGUCUUUACUUUUUAAUAAUAGAUGUUCAAAGAGUCUUAGCCGGACAGCAUGAUAAACUACAUGUCCUAAACAAGGCUCAACUGACAGUCAGAAUCUUUAGUGAUUCAUCUGAAGAUGAUGACCAUGCAUUUGCCGUGGGUGACUUGGGAACGUCUGUAGACAACAGGCAUAGCACAUCAUUUAGUCAGCGGUCCAGGCCCAAAGAAAGGCGGCUCUACAUGGUUGUGGACUCAGAUGUAAUGGAAUACGUCACAACAACGUCACUUCAUGACCAACUUAAGGUAGUUUUGGCUACGAAGAAAAUUGAAAUUGACUGGAAGAUGAAACGCAGUACAGCCGUUCUAUUGUAUCACGGAGAGGAUAAUAGUGCCUCACGGGGGUCUGAAUGUACAGAGGAAGUACAAACAUGGCUUGACAAGAUUAAAAAGCAAGACGUUGAAGUCAACAAAGAUUUCUGGGAAGAUGUGAAAGCUCAGUUACCAAGUAUCCGCGCUUGUUUAGGAGUUCAAUCUCCACUGGUUAAAAUAGUCGAUGAUUCUUUCGUUGUCAGAAUUGUGUCCCUAGCUUCAGAUGCAGAACAAAUUCUUAAAUGAAUGAUCUUUGCCAACUCUUUAGCUAUUUUAUUGUAAGUACAAUCCGUUAAUUUUUUAUGUCGAUUUUGAAAUUCUUACUUUCAGGGUCCCAAGAUAAGAUUCACCUCCAGGCGUGUCUGGAAGAAGGCCUUCGCCUGGCGGAUCAAAACAAUCUUCAAACAGUCUCAAUACCAAGCGUUGGCACUGGUGGAUUUAAUCUGUCUGCGUCAGACUCUGCACAAGUAACAUUCAAAGCUCUGGAUUCGUUCAGCAAAAAUUGUAAAAACGUUCGCCACCUGCGCAUUGUGGUCUUUCAAGCUCAAAUGGUUUCGGAUUUUUUGCAAGAGCAACAGCGGGCGGUAGUCCAUAAUACGAACGAGCAGCAAACUGAUUCCUUUUGUAAAGCUGUUAAGCUGACGAGAAAUAGUGAAACAAAUUUGAGUUCAACAGGCGAUUAUUCUGUGAAACUUUUUGUGACAGGAAAGGAUAAGGGAAGUGUGAGCAAAGCUGUGGAAAGUUUGAAGAAAGGUUUCUCUAAAGCUUGCACCACUCAAAAAAUCAAAAAUGAAACCGUCCGUAAAUUGACGCGAAAGCAGAUUAACAAUCUGAGAAGGAAAGCCCAACAGCGUGACGUCAGACUCGAAAUCGAGGAUGAUGUAGAUUGCAUAGUGGUACGAGGUGAUCCUCUUGAAGUGCUAGGGAUGGUCGGGAAGAUAUGGCACACUAUUUACUGGAAAAACAAGAAGAUACAGGAAGACGAGCAGGCGAUAAUGGUUUCAAAAAACGUACAAUAG